AUGAAGACUCCAGUGUUUGAGUUAGCGGUGGUCGACAUGCGGGAUGAAAAGCUCCACCAGAAUCUUGGGUUGGCUAGAGAUUUUCUGACAAACUCAUUCACCUUCGUCAGUCCGUCAACCCAGCUUCUUGUUUUGCAAUGUGGACAUCCAGUAGUUUAUCAUCAGGAUCGAUGUUGUCUGCGGUUACAAGACGUUAUUCCAACAAGACAGGGUAGUGCUGUCUUUUCCAGAUUCUCUAGUUAUGCCAAGAGAAGAGGCGUUACACCAACCUUCACUGAUGCAGCAGUAGGGUCACCGAGAAAACGGGAGCAGAAAGGGCAAAUUCCCACAAAUGCAGGAACCCACCUUGCAGCCCGAUUUGCAGCAGGGACUUCAUUUACACUUCAGCUUUUCCAGCGUACACUUGAAGAGACUCUUGCUUCAUUUCAGAAAUCCAAUCACAAAGACGUUCGAAAUCUUCACAUAGAAUUUUAA